CUCAAGAAAAUUGAAGCAAAUCUCAAAUUAUCCAUAAAUAACAUGAUUAAUUGAAAGCUUCUUCCUUUCAAUUAAGUUUCUUCACUCUCCAGUCUCCACUCAAUAACAUCAACUUCAUUCUACACAAUUAGAAAGAAAAAAUUAGACAUUUCUACACAAACAUAAAUAAAAUUAGUUGUUUAGAAUAUUAAAUAUAUCGAGAAAAUUAAUUAUAUGGAUGUGGGUAGAUACCCAUGGAGCGGGUUUACCUAAACUCAAACUCAACCCAGUAAAAAGUAAACGAGUUUAAACCCAAACUCGACCCAAAACCCAUCAACAUGAAUUUAUCCGCGUUGACCGAGUUAAAUCGAGUGGAUACCCGUAGGCUCGGAUUUUGUUGCCAUCCCUAAUAACUGACUCAUCCUCAAUUGUCAAUUCCUCAUCAGUGAUCUCGGUUCAAUUUGUUGAGAAGCCCAACAGCAGUUGUGUGCCCUGCUCUAACAGUGGGCCUUAACAAAAGUACGAAGCCCAUAAACACGGACAGUUUGCCUCCAACAAAGAGCAGGCCGAAGCGCGCCGGCCAUCCCUGUGUCCGAGAUUCACUUUUGCCGCCGACGAUGAGCUUAGAUUUACAAACACUUGCAGAGACCAAACCAGUCACCGAGCUCUGAAUCUGUCUGUAGUCGGCGAUCGCAGUAACUCCUUGCCGCUGAAGACUCCGUUUCAGGUACGUUCUUCCUUAGCCUGAGAGCUAUAUCAAUCGAUCUGCCUCCUCCUUUACAGUUUUUCUCCAGCUAUCCGAUUGUAGAAGAGGAAGAAACAAGCCAGGAACCCUAACAAACAACUGUUGGUGAUUUCGGUUCUUAGCAGAUUCAAAGUAUACAAUGCCGUCUCUACAAACUGCAUUGCCACCUGAACUCGCCAACAACGUUCUUAGACUUUAUAAGGAAUGUCUUCGAAGAGCUAAGUACGUUGGUCAUCAGCAACACAAUACUGCGUUGUUGGUUGAAAUGGUGAGGCAGCAGUUUAAAAAGCACAAGCACGAGACCGACCCUGACAAAAUCCAGAAGUUGAAGGACGACGCGGCAAGAGGGCUUAUAAACCACAUGCUAUAUGAAUCUGAGAAGAUGUCUUGACGUAAGUUCAGCAAGAGUGCUUAGUCUACCCGGUUCUUGUUUUCUGCUGAGAAAAGUUACUGUCUUUUUGGUAUAGAAGAACAGAUUGAAUAACAGAAAGAGUUUUCCUUUCUGCGUCCUUGUUGCUUCAGGAAGCUUGCUAGAAGAGUAGUGUUUGAAUGGCUUUCUCAUCUUGCACUAUUUGUCUAUCAGCUAGCUAUUUUUAGAUGCAAGCUUAUUCUGAAAAAACAAAACAGCCAUGUGAAUCCAGUUUGUUAAGAAAGAUCAAUCAAUUUU